CGGGUCUGCUGCCGCCGCCAUUCUACGCAGCACCCAGCCACUCGGUCCCCGCCACCUGCAGCACCCAUGCCGCCCUACACCAUUGUCUACUUCCCGGUGCGAGGGCGCUGUGAGGCCAUGCGCAUGCUCCUGGCUGACCAGGGCCAGAGCUGGAAGGAGGAGGUGGUGACCGGGGAGACCUGGCAGAAAGGGCCCCUCAAGGCCUCCUGUCUCUACGGACAGCUCCCCAAGUUCCAGGACGGGGACCUCACCCUGUACCAGUCCAAUGCCAUCCUGCGGCACCUGGGCCGCACCCUCGGGCUGUAUGGGAAGAACCAGGAGGAGGCGGCGCUGGUGGACGUGGUGAAUGACGGCGUGGAGGACCUCCGCUGCAAAUAUGUGACCCUCAUCUACACCAACUACGAAGCAGGCAAGAAUGACUAUCUGAAGGCUCUGCCCACGCACCUGAAGCCUUUUGAGACCCUGCUGUCCCAGAACCGGGGGGGUCAGGCUUUCAUCGUGGGUGACCAGAUCUCCUUCGCUGACUACAACUUGUUGGACUUGCUGCUGAUUCACCAAGUCCUGGAUCCCGGCUGCCUGGAGAGCUUCCCGCUGCUGGCAGGCUACACGAAGCGCCUCGCAGCUCGUCCCAAAAUCAAGGCCUUCCUGGACUCCCCUGAACACGUGAAGCGUCCCAUCAACGGCAACGGCAAACAGUGAGGAUUUGUGGCGGGCUCGGAGGAGGCAGGGACUGCCUGCCAAACUCUCCCAGGAUCAAUAACAUUUUCUAAGUUUGAA